ACGUACGUACGGGCUCUCCGUGUUGGCCGCGCUGCUCCUUGGCAGGCAGGAUCAUAGCUUUUUUUUUUUUUUGCGAUGCCACAGCGAUGUGCUGCCGUAGGCUGCAGUAAUGCCAGCGGAAAGCCUCCAAAUGUGCGAUUUUUUAGAUUUCCUGCCGCGACGCUUCAGGCAACGAGACGAAAGAAAUGGGUGCAAGCAAUACAUCGCGUCAACGCCGACGGAUCGCCGUGGGAACCGACAGCGAACUCCCGCGUCUGCAGCAAUCACUUCGUAACAGGAGCGCCCUCCCGCUUUAUGCCCCACCCGGACUACGUACCAUCGGUUUUCAAGCACACGCCAAUGAGAUGCCCUGGGUCAAUCGCUCGCUUUGACAGAGUGAAGAAACGGCAAGCUUCAAGACUGGCAAAUGCAAGUGGCCAAGCCAGCAGCGGUGCAACCACAUCAGCUGUUGGACAGAGGACUCCACCGAGUAUAGCAGCAGGCCAAAACAGGACACCACAGGAUUGUCAACCAGUUGCCGGGGCAUCUACUCCACCUCUUGGUCAAGGAACGCCAUUAAGCAGAGCAGCAAGUGCAAUGUCAUUAGGCUCUACGACCUGUGAAGAUAGUGCAGUAUUGCAUAGUGUACCAGCUGAACACGAAAAGAGCUGCCAGACGGAUAAUUUCUCUCUAGAGCGUAUUAUGCUGCUUGAAAGCCAAUUAAGUGCAGAAAGAAAGAAGGUGCAAAAGCUAGAAGUACAGCUAAAAGCUGCUGAGGAACAGACAAUACAGUGGAAAGCACAUUACUACGAGCUGAAGGCUACAACACUGUGCCUCGAUAACAUGCAAGGUACUGAGCAUAUGUUGUAUUACACAGGAUUGCCUUCUGUGCAAGUGUUUUACGAUAUACUAAAUUUAGUUUUGAACAAUAACCCUCGGUUUGCAAUAGACAUAAAGAGCAGGUCACUCACUGCUGCCGAGCAGAUGUAUGCAGUACUGGUUCGCUUAAGGACAGGUAUGGCCACACGAGAGAUUGCUCGCAAUUUUUUAAUUUCAAUGCCAUCAUUCAGUCGUAUAUUUUCAGAAUGGGUACUUAUAUUGCAGAAGGUUCUCACUGAAAUAACUAGCUUCCCCACACUUCCUGAAGUACAACAGCACAUGCCACUUCAUUUUAGACGGUACCCAAACACACGUAUAAUACUUGACACAACAGAAAUCCGUAUACAAAAGCCCUCAAGCUUAACUGCCCAAAGACGAACUUUCUCCCACUACAAGUUCGCGAACACAAUGAAAUGUGUUGUAGGUGCAACACCUGACUGCUAUGUUAGCUUUGUGUCGCCAUUAUAUGGGGGAAGUACCAGUGACAGAGCUAUUGUGCAACAGUCUGGAGUACUUGAUCUAUUCGAAUCAGGAGAUGGCAUCAUGGUUGACAAGGGAUUCAAGGUAGAUGACCUCCUGCCACGUGGUGUUGUCCUUCAUAUGCCUCCAUUUCGUAUUCCUGGAGAAGCGCAGAUGAGUGCCAAGGAUGUUGAAGCCACAAAGCAUGUUGCAAGUGCACGGGUGCACAUUGAAAGGGUCAUAAGAAGAAUCAAGGAGUUCCAUUUAUUGGACAGACCCUUACCUAUAAACAUGUUAGACAUAGCAGAUGCAAUUUUCACAACAUGUGCAUUUCUCUCAAACUUUAGGCGACCACUAAUAAAUAAUGGGAAGGAAGUGGAGACAGACACCAUGUAAUAGAACACGAAAGCAUGCAGU